UCCCCUGCUGUAGCUUUCUGCCACUGAGAGGCCUCUGACUUGUGGAUUACUGGAUGGAAAUGUCCGAGUCAGUCAAACCUCUGACCUCCUUCCUCAUAGAGGACAUCCUCUCCAUUACGGACGGCACAAGAUUUAAAGGCAAGUGCUCUUCACAGAAGAUGGAAAGAUGUUCACAGUGGAUAGAAGGAACUGAAAAGUUGUCAGAGAAACUCUGCCCUCAGGAAACAGCAUUCGGAGUGCAGACAGAGUCUCUGGACCCAUCCUGUCCAAGCACCUCAGAGUCCAGCAGGUUUUCCUCCACAGGGAAGCAGAAGCGCUCUAGAGCUGCAUUUACACACCUCCAGGUGCUCGAACUGGAGAAGAAAUUUAACCACCAGAAAUACCUGACGGCCCCAGAGAGGGCUCACCUGGCCAGCACCUUAAGACUAACCGAGACCCAAGUGAAAAUCUGGUUUCAGAACCGGAGGUACAAGACGAAACGGAAACAGCAAACAUCAGAAUACAAAGCAGAGGGACUGGGCCUGAGAGACGAGCUGGUCCAGUCAUCACUGAUCACCUCCUUCUGCAAAGCUUACCAAUGCAGACCCUACCUGUGGGACUAUAGUGGCCCCUGGGGGCCAACGUUAUGGUGAAAAUGAAAUGAUGUAUGAAGCUAUGAUUUUUAAUUAUAAAACUAUGUUUUACAUC